AUGCCUUCUUUCCUUCCUUCCUUCCUUCCUUCCUUUAAUUUCCAUUCUUUCUUCUUUCGUUUCUUCGUUUGUUCCUUCCUUCCAUCCACCUUUUCUUUAUUCCUUCCUCGUUUUCUCCCUUCCUGCCUCCCUUCCAUGUUUCUUUCUUUCCUUCCUUUCCUUUCUUCUUUCGUUCGUUCAUUCCUUCCACUUUUUUUCAUUUUGUUUCUACUUUCCUUCCUUGGUACGUUGUACGUUUGUUCCUUCCUUUCUUCCAAUUUUCUCCUUCCUUCCUUCUUUCCUUCCUCCCUUUUCAUCUAUCCAUUUAUCCAUUCUUUCCUCCCUGUCUUUCCAACUUACUUUAUUCAUCCAUCCAUUCAUCCUUCCUUCCGUCCAGUACUCAAUCUUACCAAAGAUUCCUUCCUUCCUUCCUUCCUUCCUUCCUUCCUUCCUCCUUUCUUCCUUCCAUUCAUCCUUCCUUCCUUCCUUCCUUCCACUCAUCCUCCAUUCCUUCCAUCCUUCCUUCCUUCCCUCAUUCCUUCCUUCCUUCCUUCCUUCCUUCCUUCCUUCCUUCCAUCCUCCAUUCCUUCCAUCCUUCCUUCCUUCCCUCAUUCCUUCCUUCCUUCCUUCCUUUCAUCCUUCCACUCAUCCUCCAUUCCUUCCAUCUUUCCAUUCAUCCUUCCUUCCUUCCUUCCUUCCCUCCUUCCUUCCUUCCUUCCUUCCCCUCAUCCUCCAUUCCUUCCUUCCUUCCUUCCAUUCAUUCAUCCUUCCUUCCUUCCUUCCUUCCUUCCUUCCUUCCUUCCAUCCUUCCUUCCUUCCUCCUUCCUUCCUUCCUUCCUUCCAUUCAUCCUUCCUUCCUUCCUUUACUCUUUGGUUCUUUCCUUGGUUGAUUUCUUCCUCCUUUUCUUCUUUUCUUCCUUCCUUGUUUCCUACUUUCUUUCUUUCCUUUCCUUUCUUCUUUCGUUCGUUUGUUCGUUCUUCUCUUCCUUCAUUCCUUCCUUCCUUCAUUCCUUCCUUCCUUAA